GAUAACUUGACUCGGCGAGAAGUUUUCGACAACGGCAACCAACGAUGACAUCGCUUGCAACGCCGGUGCUGGCGCUGCUGGACGGUGUGCGGCCAGCUGAAGAAGAGAAGCAGCUGCUCGCCGUCCUGUCUCGCGCCGCACCGCUCCUCAUCCCACAGCAGGCCCUCAAGGGCAUUGCACAGUCCCUCCCCGCUUCCCUCUCCUACGCCGUCCUCCUGUCGUCGCCCGCUGAUACCUCGGCCGCCUGUGAUGCCCUCGAUGCAGGUGCCGAAGCCGUCGUCGCGUCAGCCAACGACGCUCCCCAGCUCCUCCAGUCGGGUGUUCCCGCCUCGCGUCUCAUCCUGCAUGUCGAUGCUCGCACGUCAACGUCGCUUCCCGAGCUCGCCGACAACGGCGUGGCCGGAGCCCUCGUCACACUUCCAGAGGGGCUUUCAGCGAGCGAUGCGCAGACGGGUGCUUUGGUCGCUCAAUUCCGGGAAGCGCUGGAUUCCAAGCAGAAUGGACGGCCCGUCUUUGUUGAAGUGGCGAGCGCCGAGGUGCCCACGCUGGACGAUGUGGCUCGCCUUUCGCAGCUGGGCGCUUCCCUCGUCGUCAAGACGUCGCAGCUCGACUUGGUCAAGGAAGACAAGGCGCAGAGCAAGCAGGGGACAUUGGAUCUGGUCGGAGCCCUCGUCUCUCCCCUCAAGUCGGACCGGGCUGACGGCCUGUUCCCGACCACCGUCGUCGCCUCGUCGCUCGGCACUUCCCUCGGCCUCGUCUACUCUUCACGUCAGUCGAUCCGUGAGUCGCUCCUGACCGGCUCGGCCGUCUACCAGUCGCGCACUCGCGGUCUUUGGCGCAAGGGCGAGUCGUCUGGUGCUACGCAGGAAGUCGUCCGGCUUCGCUUCGACUGCGAUACCGAUGCCGUCGAGUUCACCGUGCGCCAACGCAAGGGCGCUCAGCACCAGGGCUUCUGCCAUCUCACCGAGAGGCAAGGCUGCUUCGGUCCCCUGGCUGGUCUCGCCGCUCUCGAGUCGACGCUGGUCUCGCGCAAGGAGUCGGCACCAAAGGGAAGCUACACAGCUCGGCUCUUUUCGGACCCGGCGCUUCUCUCUGCAAAGAUUCGAGAAGAGGCCGCCGAGCUUGUCGAGGCAAAGGACGAGGACAGUCAGCACGUCGCCUUCGAGGCUGCAGAUCUCCUCUAUUUUGCCCUGGCGCGUUGCGUGCGGGCCGGCGUCAGUCUCGAAGAUGUUGAGCGGUCUCUGGACGCAAAGGCGAAGAAGGUCAGCCGGAGAAAGGGCGACGCCAAGCCACAGUUCAUUCAGGAGGAGACGAAGAAGGACGUCAGCACCAUCGCCUCGGCUCCUGCCGCCCCUUCUGCUGCUGCUGCUGCUGCGCCCAGCUUCCACAUGACGUCGUACAAGCUCGAGGACGUCGAUGACAAGCAGCGGACUGAGCUCCUGAAGCGGCCUUCGAUCAAGACGGAAGCUGUCAUGGACCUUUGUCGUCCCAUUCUCAAGUCGGUCAAGGAGAGGGGCGACGAGGCUCUCCUCGAGCUCACGGCCAAGUUCGACGGCGCCAAGCUCGACUCGCCCGUACUGAGGCCCCCCUUUGCCACGCCGGAUGUGCUUGCCAAGAUCAAGCCAGAGGUCAAGGUCGCCAUCGACCAGGCCUACAAGAACAUCUACGCCUUCCACCUCGCCCAAAAGAAGACGGGCGGCAACAUUGCUGCUUCGCAAGCUGCUGGUGGCAAGGGCGCCGAGCUGCAGGCGCAGACGGGAGAGAGGGAGGACGAUGCAGUCCUCGAGAUGGAGACGAUGCCGGGUGUUGUUUGCCGACGCUUUGCCAGGCCGAUCCAGCGCGUCGGUCUUUACGUGCCUGGUGGAACAGCGGUGCUGCCGAGCACGGCGCUGAUGCUCGGUGUGCCUGCCCAGGUGGCCCGAUGCCCGACGAUUGUGCUGGCUACACCGCCGAGAAAGGAUGGCUCGAUCGCACCCGAGGUUCUCUACGUCGCCGACCGCGUCGGUGCUUCUUGCGUCCUCAAGGCCGGUGGCGCUCAGGCUGUCGGUGCCAUGGCCUACGGCACGGCCAAGGUCCCCAAGGUGGACAAGAUUGUCGGCCCGGGCAACCAGUUUGUCACUGCCGCCAAGAUGCUGGUGCAGAACGACACUGACGCCCUCGUCUCGAUCGACAUGCCCGCAGGUCCCUCGGAGGUGCUCGUCAUUGCCGACGAAUCGAGCGACCCCGACUUUGUCGCUUCGGACCUGCUGAGCCAGGCCGAGCACGGGCCAGACAGCCAGGUCAUCCUCGUCGGCAUUGCCCUGACGCCCGAGCAGCUGGGCCGGAUCGAGUAUGCGCUCGACCGCCAGGCGCGCGUGCUUCCCCGCUGCGAGACGGUGCGCAAGGCCAUCGAAAAGAGCCUGACGAUCAUCGUGCCCGACCGCGCAGAGGCGAUGCGCUGGUCAAACGACUAUGCGCCCGAGCACCUCAUCAUCCAGGCCGCCGAGCCCGAGGAAAUGGCGAGGGGCGUCAUCAAUGCCGGCUCCAUCUUUGUGGGGCCCUGGUCGCCCGAGUCGUGCGGCGACUAUGCGAGCGGGACCAACCACACGCUGCCCACGUACGGCCUCGCGAGGCAGUACAGCGGCGUGUCGACGUCGACGUUUGAAAAGAACAUUACAAGCCAGAGCCUCACGGCCGACGGCCUUCGGCUUCUCGGGCCACACGUCGUCCAUCUGGCCGAGUGCGAGGAGCUCGAAGCACACGCCAAUGCCGUCCGGCUUCGCCUUGCCCGUCUUGCCCAGGCCACUUCUUCGGCAGCAAAAUGAGGCCCAAUUCUUUACUAGACUGCUUUCAUAGAUGUAGAAGGAUCGUUGAUGUCAAUUGCGAAGAUGAUGGGAGAAGAAUGGACUGUGAAAAGAGGAGAGGGGUAGUGUCCAUGACGUGAAGCAAAGAUCAACGAUG